AUGGCGUCGGUUCUGGUACCUGAAGUGCCUACCCCAGGUUUCUCUUUCGAAAAUUGUCAACGCAAUGCAUUUUUAUCUCAAAAAGGCUUUCCUGCCCCGAAAGCUACCAAGACUGGUACUACCAUUGUGGGUAUAAUUUACGCGGACGGGGUUAUUUUGGGUGCGGAUACACGAGCGACUGAGAACACUGUUGUUUCGGAUAAGAACUGUCAGAAGAUCCAUUAUCUGGCUGGGAAUAUGUAUUGCUGUGGUGCCGGCACUGCUGCUGAUACUGAGAUGACGACACAAACCGUAGCUUCACAGCUAGAACUGCAACGUCUUCACACUGGCCGUACUGUCCCCGUUGAGACUGCUGCUACUUUGUUAAAGCGCAUGUUAUUCCGUUACCAAGGGCAUAUAGGCGCUGCACUCGUUUUGGGAGGUGUAGAUCGCACCGGACCACAUAUUUACUGUAUUUACCCUCAUGGAUCUGUUGACAAGUUACCUUAUGCUACUAUGGGUUCGGGAUCAUUGGCCGCUAUGGCAGUGUUUGAAUCUCGUUGGAAGCCAAAUAUGUCUGAGGAAGAAGGCAAAAAGUUAGUGAGGGAUGCCAUCGCAGCUGGUAUCUUUAAUGAUCUCGGUUCUGGUUCCAAUGUGGACCUGUGUGUCAUCCGUACAUCAGGACCCGCUCAAUAUCUAAGAACCUAUGAGGAAGCCAAUGUGAAGGGUAAAAAACAAGGAUCUUAUAGAUAUCCUCUUGGUACUACUGCAGUGUUGAGACAAAGAGUUAUUCCACUUGAAGUAGAGUCUGUAGCAGUCCGACCGGUGCAGCCAAUGGAAACAUAG